AUGGUGAACUUCCCAAAAUUGUUGAAGGCAUACUGCCAAAAGUGUGAAUCACACAAGGAACACAAGGUCACCCAAUACAAGGCUGGUAAAGCUUCCCUCUGGGCCCAAGGUAAGAGACGUUACGAUCGUAAGCAAAAGGGUUAUGGUGGUCAAACCAAGCCUAUUUUCCACAAGAAGGCCAAGACAACAAAGAAGAUUGUGCUUAGAUUGCAAUGUAAGGAAUGCAAGAGAAUCAACCAAAGAGGUUUGAAGAGAUGUAAGCACUUUGAACUUGGUGCCAAGAAAAAGGCUAUCUAA